AUGGGGCUCCAGGCCUGCAAAGCCAAUUUCAAAUCCCAAAGCGAGGAGAAAGGCCCUCGAUACAACCUCAUUUCACCGAGACACCCAACCCCGACAACCAGCAAAACAAACAACCACGAACAGAUAGCUACAUUGGCAAUUUGGACCUACAUCAUGCAGAAGCAAAAUGAGCCCCUGGGGAGCCGUGAAAGCAAAGAGGCCCAGACCCCAGCGGGAAGACGCUGCAAGGGUGCCAGUAUCGGAAAAUUAGACAGGGCCCGGAAGAGCUCCAAGCCGCGGCGCUACGGAUGCACGAAGCGAAACCCGGCAGAGUCUCGAAGACCCAGUAUUGAGGUAGGUUUCACGCAUGCCUUGCAGGGUACAGCAUAA